GGAGGAGAGCGCGGGAGCAGGCCGGCAGGCGGCGGGCGCGGCGGGAUGGGGCUGCUGCUCAUGAUCCUGGCGUCGGCCGUGCUGGGCUCGUUCCUCACGCUGCUCGCACAGUUCCUGCUGCUCUACCGCAGGCAGCCCGAGCCGCGGGCGGACGAGGCGGCCCGCGCGGGCGACGGCUUCCGCUACCUCAAGCCGGUGCCGGGCCUGCCGCUCAGGGAGUACCUCUAUGGCGGCGGCGGGGGGGGCGGCGGCGAGGAGCCCGAGGCCGGCCCGGCCCCGGCCCCGGCCCCGGCCCCGGGUCCCGACGGCCCGGCCCCGCCGACGCGGGAGACCUGCUACUUCCUCAACGCCACCAUCCUGUUCCUGUUCCGGGAGCUGCGGGACACGGCGCUCGCCCGCCGCUGGGUCACCAAGAAGAUCAAGGUGGAGUUCGAGGAGCUGCUGCACACCAAGACGGCCGGCCGCCUGCUGGAGGGGCUGAGCCUGCGCGACGUGUUCCUGGGCGACGCGGUGCCCUUCAUCAGGACCGUCCGGCUGCUGCGGCCCGUGGUGGCCUCGGGCGCCGGAGAGCCCGACGGCCCCGACGGGGACGCGCCGCCCGCCGCCUGCCCCGAGGAGCUGGCCUUCGAGGCGGAGGUGGAGUACGACGGCGGCUUCCACCUGGCCAUCGACGUGGACCUGGUGUUCGGCAAGUCCGCCUACCUGUUCGUCAAGCUGUCGCGGGUGGUGGGGAGGCUGCGCUUCGUCCUCACCCGCGUGCCCUUCACCCACUGGUUCUUCUCCUUCGUGGAGGACCCGGUCAUUGACUUCGAGGUGCGCUCCCAGUUCGAGGGGCGGCCCAUGCCGCAGCUCACCUCCAUCAUCGUCAACCAGCUCAAGAAGAUCAUCAAGCGCAAGCAUACCCUGCCCAGUUACAAGAUCAGGUUUAAGCCGUUUUUUCCAUACCAAGCCUUGCAAGGAUUUGAAGAAGAUGAGGAACUUAUCCAUAUUCAACAGUGGGCACUUACUGAAGGCCGGCUUAAGGUUACAUUGUUAGAAUGUAGCAGGUUACUCAUUUUUGGAUCCUAUGACAGAGAAGCAAAUGUUCAUUGCACACUUGAGUUGAGCAGUGGUGUGUGGGAAGAAAAACAAAGGAGUUCUAUUAAGACGGUUGAGUUAAUAAAAGGGAAUUUACAAAGCGUUGGACUUACACUCCGUCUUGUUCAGUCAACCGAUGGGUAUGCUGGGCAUGUCAUAAUUGAAACUGUGGCCCCAAACUCACCUGCUGCGAUUGCAGAUCUUCAGCGAGGAGACCGGCUCAUUGCUAUUGGAGGUGUGAAAAUCACAUCCACCCUGCAGGUGUUAAAGCUCAUCAAGCAGGCUGGGGACCGAGUCCUGGUGUACUACCAAAGGCCUGUUGGCCAGAGCAACCAAGGGGCAGUGCUGCCAGACAGUUUGGGCCAGCUUGAAGAAAACUUCUUGUCAAGCUCCUGCCAGCCCAGUUAUGAGGAGGAAGCUGCUGGGUUGCCGCUGGAUACCGAGAAUAGAGACCUGGACUCUGAAUUUGAAGACCUGGCAAGUGACGUUCGAGUACAGACAGAGUUCAAAGAGGAGGCACAGCCGUUAACUCACAGUCCCAAGCGCACUCCAACAACACUCUCUAUUAAACCCCUGGGCGCUAUAUCCCCAGUGUUAAAUCGUAAACUAGUUUCAGGAAUCCAUCCACCACCACAGAGACAUCCAUCUAAAGAAGGAAAUAAACCAUCAGCUCUAAAAGCUUCAGAGGUCACAGAAACUGCACCAGUGUCCAAACCCCAAGGACCCACUUUCAAACCACCUGUGCCGCCACGACCCCAGGUGAAAAUUCCUUUGCCCGCCACGGACACCCCAACUCAGGCAGACCCGGAUGCUGUUGAAAAGCCAGAGAAGGUGCUGCUCCCUCCUCCUCCUGCAGAGAAACCUGCUGAAAAGCAGGCGAGAAGUGUGGAUCACGUGGAAGACGUGGCCACAGGGAAGCAGCCUUCAGCGAAGCCAGAAGUAGUGAAGGAUCUUCCUUCAGAAAGUUGUGGGCCUACUAAGGACACUUCAGAUGAUCAUCAGAUGUGGGAAUCAUCAGAGGUUCUUUAUCGCAAUAAGGUGGGGAAGUGGUCCAGGACCAGAGCAUCCUGCUUGUUUGACAUUGAAGCCUGCCACAGGUACCUGAACAUUGCACUCUGGUGCAGGGAUCCUUUCAAGUUAGGAGGCCUCAUCUGUUUGGGGCAUGUUAGUUUAAAACUUGAAGAGGUGGCUUUAGGAUGCCUAGCUACAUCAAACAUGGAAUACCUUUCAAAGUUCAGACUGGAAGCCCCUGCUCCUAAGGCCAUGGUCACUAGAACUGCACUACGCAAUCUGAGUAUGCAAAAGGGCUUCAAUGACAAAUUUUGUUAUGGUGACAUUACUGUUCAUUUCAAGUAUUUGAAGGAAGGAGAACCAGAUCACCACGUGGUUCCUAAUGUAGAGAAAGAAAAAGAACCUCCUUUGGUUGAGGAAGUUUCCACACUCCCUAAAGAGGAGCAUUUUGUGGGACAGAUGAGUUUGUCAGAAAAUAAACAUAGUUUCCAAGAUACUCAGUUCCAAAACCCAACUUGGUGUGAUUACUGUAAGAAAAAAGUCUGGACAAAAGCUGCUUCCCAGUGCAUGGUCUGUGCUUAUGUUUGCCAUAAAAAAUGUCAAGAAAAGUGUCUAGCUGAGACGCCUCUUUGUGGGGCAACGGAGAGGCGAAUAGACCGUGCCCUGAAGAACCUCAGGCUGGAAGGACAGGAGCCACUUGUGGGUCUUCCCCCUCGUGUUGAGAUGGAAGCCAACAAGUCAGUCCACAAGACAACAGGCUUGACCAGGCACAUCAUUAAUACCAGCUCUCGCUUACUUAAUUUGCGCCAAGUCUCUAAAACUCGCCUUUCUGAACCAGGAACAGAGCUUGUGGAACCAUCACCAAAGCACACACCCAACACAUCAGACAAUGAAGGCAGUGACACAGAGGUGUGUGGUCCCAACAGCCCUUCCAAACGAGGGCACGGUGCAGGAAUAAAGUUAGUGAGGAAGGAAGGUGGGCUGGAUGAUAGUGUUUUCAUUGCAGUUAAGGAAAUAGGCCGUGAUCUGUAUAGAGGCUUGCCAACAGAAGAAAGGAUCCAAAAGCUGGAGUUCAUGCUGGAUAAAUUACAGAAUGAAAUUGAUCAGGAGUUAGAACACAAUAAUUCCCUUGUUAGAGAAGAAAAGGAAACAACUGAUACAAGGAAAAAAUCCCUUCUUUCUGCUGCGCUGGUUAAAUCAGGUGAAAGACUACAAGCCCUGACACUUCUGAUGAUCCACUACAGAGCAGGCAUUGAAGAUAUCGAAACCUUAGAAAGCCUGUCUUUGGACCAGCACUCGAAAAAAAUAAAUAAGUACACGGACGAUACAGAAGAAGACCUUGAUAGUGAAAUAAGCCAACUGAUAGACUCUCAGCCAUUCGGCAGCAUCUCAGAUGACUUGUUUGGCCCAUCUGAGUCUGUGUAACAAACUAAACCUUCAGGUGGUUGGGGACAAAAUGCAUCUGGAAUGCCAUGGGUACAGCCAUGUGUCAGCUCUCAUGGUACACUUUGGCCUGCUUCUGCUGUUACUUGCUUGUAAAGAGUGAAAGGUAGUUUUCCAGCAGAAACGUGACGAGCUCACCGAAUUGGUUGUUAGGGUUGUGCUUGUAGUUAAUGGUUUGGGGGUUUGUACUGGGAAUUGGGUUUUAUUAAUUUAUUUUUAACUUUUUCUAAUUAUGUAAGCUAACUUUGUGUUUAUGAAUGUGUGAUGUCUCACUGUCUUUUUUUUUCUUUUUUCCUCCUUCCUGGAUUUUGAAUUAAUGUUAAGGCAGAUGCUGUCCAGAGUCCUGAAAUAUUUUCAUCCUCAUUUUCAUCACGGUUCUAGCAGCAGAUGUGUUGCAUGCCUAAAUUGACAACAGUGAUCAUUGAGGGAGCGGGUUUGAGUCCUCUUUCUCCUGUGUUAUGAGGUUUUUCAGCUGCACUUGCUUGAGGUUUUUGUUGAAAGGGGCUUGGGGAAUUUUUGUUUUGUUUUCUUUUGUUUUUGUUGCCAAAUAUAAAUGAAAGUGAACCCUACAGCUUUAAAAAUGUUAUGCUGAUUUAGUUUUUUUUUUACAUAUAUUGCUUGCUUAUGCUUCUGUGAUAUUUUUAAAGCUUUUAUGCAGUUGAAGUAUAGUAAAAGUAUAAUAAUUAGUUAGAAGAAGUUGUAUUGUGUAGAGGACAAUUGCAAAACCUAGUUGGUCAAGAAUUUUAUAGAGAGGAUAACAGGAUUUUAUUACUGAAGAACAGUAGCCAGUAGGACUUUGAAAUAUCUUUCAGAUGUUGAUGCUCUCCUUUUAAAUGGAAGUUAUAAACACGCGUGAUGAUUUUCUUCAUCUCUGGUUCUCCCGUAGGAAAUAAAGCAUGUGCAAGGUUAUUUAAAGUUUCACAGGACUUGUUCUGACAAUUGGCUGCAUUGAUAGCUGGCUUUGUUUGAAAAAAAAAAAUUUAAUGUAGGAACAUGAUGUGAAGGGCAAUUAUACAGAAUAUGUUUACUACAUCAUUUGGUGUCUGUGGCCUUAAAGGGAUGUCUGUCAUUCUGAAUACUUUAGUAGUUCAGACCAUCUUCAUUCGUUGUAAAGAAAAAUAAAAAUAGACAGUGUACAUAGGACUUGGGACCAGUUCCUAAAAAUGCAGGCGUGCUAUAGCCCCGGGCUCAUGUAAUGGAUGCUGGUAACACAGCUGAGAGGAGGGAUAUGUGAGCUUGACCCCUACCGACACGCCUUUAAAGGUCUGAGCCUGUUAUACCUGCAGAAGGUGUUUUUCCCUUUCACAGUAACUACUGUGAUAACACACAAGCCAACUGAAUUAAAACUAUGGAACAGCUCUUUGGCUGCAGGAAAAAUCAUAGUAUAAUAUUAAAGAGGCUGGCCCAUCUGUAGCCCAAACUCCACCAGGAGUUUAAGGUCAAACUUUUUAGUGAGCUCUGCAGCCAAGAGCAGGUCACAGGGGUCACACAGCGUCUUCAUCUCUGAAGGUACUUACUCUACCUCAUGGGACUGUUGUGAGACAAACAUAACUGCAAGAACUCUUUGAACAGUAAAAAGCUGUAAAAACAAAAGGUAUCACUUACAUAAGGAAAGCAUCUUUGAGUGUAGAAAGUUACUCCAGAUUUAAACUCAAUAGCUCACUCCCAUUCCUGUUAUUAAGUGAAAUACUAGGACACAAACCUGUCUUUGCCAGAUUUACAGAAAAGGCUGUAUCUGUGUACUCCCCACCCCACCCCUGCUUCUUUAUUGUUUACUUAAGCAUGCUCACGGUUUAAAAGGACAGCACAAUAGAAAACUUUCCACAACAAAUCCCAGAGGCUAAAAUAUGAUGUUCCACAUCUUAUGCUUGAAACGCUCUGCCUGACAUAUAGCCUUGUUUCAUCUUGUAAACAGUAACUUGCCAUUGCUACUGAAGGGAUGUGUCUGUAAGUGGCUGGUGUGCUUAUGGAUCAAACCAUGGAAGGUUUAGUGAUACCCAAGCAUGCUCCUGCACUGAUCCAUUUGAAAGAGCUGUGGAAAUAAUGCAAAGCUUUAGUUCUGAGAAUCUACUCAUGCUUUAAAGUAUUUAUCUCUGUAGAACCACAAUCAUGGAAAGCUCAACAGUGCUGCUAAUGAUGUUUGUAAAAUAUACCUUUAAAUGUAGUGCAAUAUUUUUCUAUUGGGAGAGACAGUAGAGGCAUCACAGUUGUACUUUAGGGCAGGGAAGGAGGGGAAACUCCAAAUAUCCUAGAUCAUAGCAAAGGAUAAGGCUUCAAUUUAAAAGGUUGUAUAUUAUUACAUUACUCAUGUAAUCUUGCUACCAUGCUAUGUUAUCAAUAGCUAAAAUAAUAAUAAAGACUACCACGGAAAAUAAGAAUAUCUUCAUUUGAUGGCAUCUGAAAACAAAGUAAUUGGUUCAUCUCUGUGGCAUUGUGCCUGGUGUAAUUUGGCCAUGCAGACUAGCUAACAAUCCACUUUUACUAAACAAAUUUGCAAAAGCA